AAUUUUCAGAUGGUAUCAUAUCUCAGUAACGACCGUGAAUUGGACGAAAAUAAAUUAAAUAACGGAAACAGAACCAACUCUCUUCCUUAUGAACCUCAUCGGGAUAAUGAUCGACAGACUAAUGGCAAUUCAAAUGAUCCACAGGAAUUUAUACUGGCUCGGAAUGUUGCUGAAGACAAUUAUUGGCGUAGUCGACGUGAAGAACGCGAACAUCUUGGGAAAAUUGGAGUUCGUCGCAUUUGGGGAUAUUCUCCUACACAUGAUGAAUUGGAACAGUUAUAUGACGAACAAUAUUUGGAUGAAGAUAAUGUUAUAGGCAAGAAAACGAAGAAACACAAAUCGAAGAUUAAACGUUCGCCAAAAUCUUCAGAAUCCUCCAGUUCUUCCCUAUCUGGUGAUGAAAAUACAGAUGAAUCUGAUGAUGGAGUUGUGAAGCAUAAAAAGAAACACAAAAAGAACAAAAAACAUAAAAAGAAGGAUAGUGAUCGGAGAAGAAAGAAAAAAGACAAAAACAAUAAACGGAAGAAGCGACAGAGGAGAGAGAGGUUGGUUAAAAUAUUAAUUAUCAUUUAUUAA